UCUCUCCUCACUCUCCUCCCACAGAUGACAGACCCACACACACACACUCUCUCUCUUCGCAGACACAACCAAAAGACCAAGGUGGAAAAAUAGUAAAGAAACGGAGCGAGGCUCCUCCGCAUUUCUUAUCUAUCCUGAUCCAAACCCUCCGAGGGGGAAACAAUUCAUUCCGCACGGCAUCCGGGAAGGUCUGCGUCGUCGCCAUGGCCACCGAGGAAGUCGCCAAGCCGUCCCCGAUCCCGCCCUACCCCGAGUGAGCUAACCGACGGCGCGUCGUGUUGGUUGGGCGUUCCGGCAGAUGAUCCUGGCGGCGAUCGAGGACUUAGGCGACAAGAGCGGGUCGAACAAGUCGGCCAUCUCCAGGUACAUCGAGGGCAAGUACGACGGCGACCUGCCGCCCGCGCACGCGUCGCUGCUGGCCGCGCACCUGGCGCGCAUGAAGGAGUCGGGUGAGCUGGUCUUCGUCAAGAACAACUACUUCCGCGCCGACGCGCCCGACGCGCCGCCGAAGCGCGGGCGCGGGCGGCCCCCGAAGGCGCGGGACCCCGGCGCGCCGGUGUCGCCGCCAUCGGGGCGCGGGCGCGGGCGCCCGCCCAAGCCCAAGGACCCGCUGGACGCCGCCGUGAAGCAGGCCACCGCGGGCAUGCCCAGGGCCCGCGGCCGCCCGCCCAAGAAGGCCAAGACCGAGGGCGGCGCGUCCCCGGCCCCCGCCGGCGACGGCUCCACCCCCGUCAAGCGCGGCCGCGGCCGCCCCCCCAAGGUACGCCCCGUCGUGCCCAGCGAGACGGCCGCGGCUUGACGGACGCUGCUGCAUGGGGUUAGUGCGUAGCGAUUCGUCCCGCCGCCACCGCCGCAGGGUUGAUGUUUGUAGGCUUCGUUUUCCUUCAUCUAAUUGUCGUCGUAGUCGUCGUCGUCGCGCAAUUAAUUAAUGGAGUAAGUAGGAGGAUUUGAUGUGCUGUGUUCGGUUCAGUUCAGCUCACGGUGCUGUCUUGUUCGUAUGUGCUGGAUGGAUCUGUCUGUUGUAAGCUAAACUAGGGAGGCUGAGUGCUGUGUUGGUCGGUUCAUUAUUAAGCUGCUAAUUUGGAUGUGUACAAUACAUUAGUGGAUGAUGCUGAUGUUCGUGAUGUUGAUUUGAGGGUUUCAUGAA